AGAAGAGAGAGAAAAUUCUUAAGGACAAGCUUAAGUGCAUGAUUUCUAAGGAAUUUUCAACUGACUCUUAAGGAGAGUCCUUGCUUUCUCUUCUCAUCACCAUACCGAAUGGCUGGGAAGCGAGAAUCUACGGCCUCUUCUGGAGCAGCUUCCUCCAAGAAGCCAAAAGGGAAUAAUGCAGAAGAUGAACCGUUUCCAGAGGAAGUGGAUCAGGUGGAUGAGGUUGGGGAUAAGCUGGGUUCUGCCGUAGGGUCUCAUCCGGAAGGAAAAUUUAUGGGGAUAGAGGAGAAUGGAGGUGGAUCUGAUGCAAAAUCUCCUUCUGAUGAUAAAUUGAGUAAUAAAGAGAGCGAGUAUGGUGGAGAUAGUGAGGAAUAUAGACCUAGAGCUAGAUUUAUUGGCGACCCUUUUCUGAUGAAGAGGCCAGAAGACUAUGGCCUCAUCUAUAUGUGAAGAAGAAGAUAUAAUUUUCUAACGAAAAAACACUUGUUUUUUUUCUUGUGUUCUCCACCUUUCCUAUGAGAUUGUUAAAGUUAAUUAUAUAUAUAGCUGGUGACAUGCUCUUUAUCUA